AAACAGUCAAACAACGUAAGUCUAUGCAAAUGCAAACAAGAGGUUGUCAUGCUUAAAAUGUCUAACUUUUAGAUUCAUCGAUGGGCCAUGUAACUUAGAACACUUUGUUUCUUUAUGAAACAUGUCCAGGAGUCUACAAGAAAGAGGCUUAGCUAGCGAAUGUGGCGGCAGAAAGGUACGUUCGUUAGAAAGUAACUUCAGGGGAAUUGUGUACUUCACAGAUCGUUUCACAGCGCAUUUAUCGAGGCAUCAUAAUGUAUCCACCGUGAUAUUUCACAUUUAAUAUAUAGUGCAGUUUUAUGAAGAUUGAUUUUGAUGUUCGGGAUAACGUGAAAAAUUCCGAUCGAUGACCAGAUUUUGCAAUUUUAAACGUUUGCAAACCAUUUUCAUCAGAGAGCAUAUCGGAAAAAUGGAUAAACAAUUCAUGAAGUAGAUCGUUAUUUAUUUAUUGGUCUUAAAUGCCCCGGCUCUUAGCUCUAUUAGCUUCUAGCUUCUUGCUCAAUGAAAGUUUAACUCAAGCUUUCUGUCGCCAUAAGCUUAUGUGCUCGCUAUAUUUAGUACAAGUCCACAGUUGAGAAGAAUAUGGAACGAAGGAAUAUUCUUUGCGAUCCUAGCAAAUGAAAGACAUAUCUUUAUAUUUCCGCCUUGAAGAAACCAGGCCGCGUCAUAGGCUGACACGGUUGAUAACCCAGGCGCAGUCAUAUACAUUGCGCGUUUUAUAUGACACGUACAAUUUACGGUUCUUCUGCUUUUUGGGAACAACAGAUCAGACAAGCAGCGCUUUUGUCAGGAAAUUGUCACAAGUGAACGAAAAGCCAAUGAUUAUAAUUAUAAUCAGUGUAUGCAGUCAAAUGAUAACUUACAAGGCAGUGAAAGCUAAUUCAUGGCUUCAAUAUUGAUUAUCGUACUUAAAUAUUGAAAAUGGACAAACAAGCAAUAUGAUUAUGAUGACGGUAAGAGUGAGCUCACUUAUAUUCUUAUAUUCAUGUCGCGGAUAUGAGUCCAUGUCUGCGUUGUCGUCAGUUUCAACAUCUGUUUUGCUCGUCAGAGCUGUGUUGCUCAGGUUGAUUGUUUUGUUUUGUUUUGUUUUUUUCACUAUCCUUCUCUUUGGCAUUCGAUAGACUGAUAAUUUGUUCAUUCAGUUUGCUUCAAAAAGUUGAUUCUCUCUUGAUAAUAUAUAAUGCUGGCUUCUAAAAACUACCUAGCAGUAAAUGAUUUCCGAACUUUCUAUGUAUUUGCUUCCAUAUUCCCAAGGAAAGCCGUGUCUCUUGUAAUUAUAAUAACUCCUUACGGUCCAGUAAAGCGGAACUCAGUUAAGCGGACCUCAAUAGCUUUUGUCCUGCUCAUGCGCUCCCUAAAUCAUAGCCAGCUCAAAGCGUCCACGUUCGUACUAAAAAUCAAGCUGGUGUAUAGACUAAAUGUCAUCGAUGACGGAUGUAUUGGGUAUUGUAUGUAAGUUUUUAUAGUAAUGGUGCUCCUAUUAAUAGAUUCGCAUAUUUCUAAUUUGUAUACGAUUAACAGUGUUCGCCAACUGUCUUUACGCGUGACUUCGUCUUUAUAGUUUCAUGGUCUCGUAAUCGUAAAAAAAAACAAACAAACGGAGAAAAAACAUGCAGGACGGAGCUAGUUCAUCGUUGUGGUAAACGAACUCACGUUUUAUCUUUCUUGCCAACGUAGGUUAAGAAUGAAUUUCCAAGACAUGAACGUUUUCUUUCGCAUCAAAUUUGCUAAAUGGCGACUGCAGCACCUUCACACCUAGCCAGCUCUCCAGAGAAGACAAAUGGAAACAAGCUGAGCAGGCUUCUCAUCGAUGGUGGAACAACGGUGCUGAGGAAUAUUUUCGAUCACUAUCACCCACCUGUCAACUUGGCUUCUGAUCUCAAUUCCAAUUACUCCGUUCUUAACAACCUUUUGCGUAAAAGAGUACUUAAUGGCCAUCAGUGGGACAAACUCUUCCCCCCUAGUGGAGGGGUACCAGACUCCAACACGUUUGACAUCACUCUUCUGUUCCUGCUGCUAACUACCAUUUGCGGCUUAUCCCCUCCCCUGACAGGAUGGUACACCAAGCCGUCCCCUAGUGACAACUCUCUUGAGGCUAACCUUGCCCGCGUCAAGUUCUUUCGCAAUGAGCUAUAUGGUCACGUGACUUCCACUGGUGUAGAUGCGACAUCUUUCUCCUCCUUCUGGCAAGAAAUAAGCAUUACUCUUCAUUCUCUUGGUUUAGAUCAAGCAGAAAUUGACAGACUGAAGGCAGAGCAUGGAGGAGAGGAAGAUUACCUUGAUGCUAUAAUUGAUUGGGCUGACAGUGAACAGGACAUAAAAUCCCACCUGAAGGAUAUACACCUGACGCAACUAAAACUUAGUAAAACAGUUGAAGAUAGCACUUUAAAGCUGGAAGAGCUACGUCAAGACCUAAGCAAAACUCAGGAUGUCGUAGAUGAAGCAGUGGAAAUAGAACUCAAAGGACAACAAGAAAUGAGGGCAGUACAGUCACGUUUAGAGGGAGUAUGUGAGUCCCAAUCCAAAACCAGCCAAGCUGUAGACGAAAUUCGUGAAUCAAUUCAAGAAGUAAAACAGGAAGUAAAAAGCUUGACGCAAAAGAGAAACGAGCGGGCAGAUGAGGUGCUGAGAACUCUUGUGAAGUCCGAAUUCAAAGGAGACAUAGAUUUUCAUGCAAAGAAAUUCCAGGAAGGAACUCGUGAGUGGAUCUUCAAAAGCAUUAGAGACUGGUUAGAUGACCGAGCAUCGCCACAUCGCGUGAUGGUAAUCAGUGGAAAUCCAGGGAUGGGAAAGACUGUUAUCUCCGCUGUUGUUUCGCAAAGAAUGCAAAUAGCUGGAAGAUUGUCAGGAAGCCACUUUUGUCAGCAUGACGAUUCACGGUACCGAGAUCCACGUUUAAUGCUCCAGUCUUUGGCCUGUCACUUGUGUCAAGCGAUGCCAAAUUACAAAGAUGCCCUGGUGGAACAGCUGUCAAGAAAUCUGGGUAAAGACCUCAACAACAUGGGCGUAAAAGAGCUUUUUGCGUUGCUGUUCAAAGAGCCUCUAAGCACAGUACAAGAUCCUGGAAGAAACACCUUAAUAGUCAUUGAUGGCCUCGAUGAAAACGAGUACCAAGGACACAAUGAGCUUCUACAUGUAAUCAGUAACCACUUUUCUAUGCUUCCAGUUUGGAUUAGAAUUUUGAUCACAACUCGUCCAGAGAGAAGCAUAAUAGACGCAUUGCGACAUUUAGAGCCAAUCGAGCUUGAACAAAAGCAAGAAGAGAACUUAAAUGACAUUCAAACCUUGUUUGAAAUACAGCUAGGCCACCAAAUCGCUGAAGAACAUAAAGAUAUUCUUUUGAAAGAGCUGGUUAAGAAAUCAGAAGGCCUGUUUAUUUACGCUUACUUUUUAGUGGAUUUUAUCCAAAAGAAUGUUUCAAUUCUCACUCCUGAUCAGCUGGAAAGGGUAUUGCCUUCACAUAUUUCAUCCGUUUACUUGUCCUAUUUCAAACGUUUAGAGAAUGAACUUUGCAAAGCACUUAACGCAGAUGAGGAAACUUUUUUGCGUUUCCUGUGUGCAUUGACUGCUGCAAGGGAACCAUUACCAGUAGAAUUUAUUGCCAAAAUUCUAAACCUGGAGGUAAAAUCUUUGGCUGCGCAGCGAAAAGUUAACAAAGCAAUAUCUUGCAUCUCUACACUGUUACCAGUUCGCGAGGGUCGUCUUCACUUCUUUCACAAGUCAAUCAAGGACUGGCUAGUAGCAUCAUCGCCCUAUGAACAACAUGAUUUCAAGGUGGACGAGAAAGAAGGUCAUAUUGUCCUUUCUGAUCUUUGUGCCUCUGAACUGGAUGGCAUCAAGCAAAAAGGGGUUCAUGGCAGACAGUUUACGAACACUGAAAGAUAUGCCUUGCAUCAUGGUACCCAGCACAUGCUGGAAGUUAAAGCAGGACAGGUCUACCAAUAUGCAACGGACCUAGAGCUUAUUUAUGCAAAACUUUGUAUUAAGAGCACAUCCAUCAUAGAAGAUCUUCUCGGUCUUCACGGCGAUAAUUCCAGUAUUCUAAGCGACGGAAGAGUUUUUUUUGUGCCUUCUCUCCUCAGUCUAUUAAGAAAACACUCUUAUUAUCUCCUUGAUCAUCCUCAUCUUUUCUUCCAAUGUUUGAUUAACGAAGGGAUUCCUGAAUUGUCGUCUUCAGCAGCAAUUAUCCUUGAAUCGUCAACACCCAAAAUACCCUUCAUGAAAUACUUAGACAACGAAGAACAAAAGGGAGCCGAGCAGGCACGAUUUUGCUGUUCCCACAAAGUAGUAUGUUUUGAUGUGUCACCUGAAAGGGAUCACUUGGUAUGCGAGUCUUCAGAUUCAACAAUACAUCUAUGGUCUCUUCAGACGGGCAGCAAAAAAUGGGUUCGACCGAUACUAGCAAAUAAGGAGUUUUUCUCCUCUGACGGAUAUCCAGCGGACACUGCAUAUCGCCGUGUAGGCCGAAACUUCUUAUCAUUUUAUCGUUCCGUGACAUUUCACCCAAGUGGCAAAUUAGUACUUCCAGGAACUCUUAAAUUCGUCUACACUAUAAGUGGAGAAAGAGAAAAACUUUUUCCUGACAGCGAUUGUACAUUCGCAAAUUGUGCCUAUUGCAAGCACAAAAAUACUAUUUUAACGGACUGCCCUACUGAGCCAAAGCGCCUAGAUUUGUGGAACAUGGAAAAUGGCAAAAUACUUCUUUCCAUAGUCGAUAUUAAGGAACUACAAGACAUUUCUUCUUUUGCCAUUUCUGAAGAAGGAGAAAAAGUUGCUAUUUCUGAUGUUACUGGUAAUAUUUUUCUUGUUGAUUCAGUCAAUUUAGACUUCACACUGAUAUGGAAAAGUAAAGCAGUGUGUGGAUUGAUCCAUUUUACAUCUGAUACCAACUUUCUUGCGUGUGGCUAUCUUCGUUUAUGGUUAUACGAAGACCGAGGCUUCUAUAAAGCUGAAUUCUUUGACCCACCAAAGCUUUUGUUUUUGCCUUAUUCUAGUAAGGCUGAGACCUUUCAUUUGUGGCCAUCCACUUCCUCAAGUUCCUUGAAUAGUUGCGAUUUUAUGCUGCAAAAUACGACACGCUGCUGGGUCAGGAACGUAAGAAAAGUAUUCCCCCGCCUGAAGGCAGGUUCUUACACGCGACUUAAUGUUGAAACAGUAUUGGUUGGUAGCCCAGAUUUCAAUUAUGUUGCAGUGUUAAAUAUUGGCCAACUAAACGGGGCGUCUGAUUCUGAUUCGUCUUAUUCAUAUGGAUAUGAGGACGAACUUAAAAGUAUUGCCCUUUCUGUUAAGGGAGAUACUAUUUAUUCCACUACGUCAAAAUAUGACUGUCGUACAUAUGAAAGUAAAUUAACCGUAACCGUUUUGAGAAUGUCAAAUCGAAAAAUCCUGGACACAAAAAUAUUCUCUGAAUCUGUGUCCAUUGUUCCAACGGGGAAAGGUGUUGUCCUGUUUAAGAAUGGUACGGUAGCAGAGUUAUGGAACUUUGAGAUGUCUACGUUCCUUCGUCCUCUUUUCGUGGGUAUCGAAAAAGGAAAUCUUUGCUCUAUUUCGCCUGACCAGUUAGCUUAUUGGUAUGUAACAACUUCAGAUGAAUCAGGCCAUGAAAUGGAAACCCUCGUUAUCAAAUUCUACGAUGUAACUGGAGCUGGAAGUGGGUUUAGUUCACCCUUGAAGAUCACUUUUGAUGCUGGUGAAGAGGUAGAGUUAAUUUCGGUAAUUAGUCCAAACCUGGUGCUAAGUUGCACCUCUAAGGUGGUAACAUUUGGAACAACAAAGUCAGCGGAUGACGUGACCGUCAGUUUAAGAAAAAAUGGUUCAGUUGUAUGGAAAAGGCGAACUUUAGAUGAGGAAUUUUUUCAACCACACCUGCUUUGUUCUCCUAAAAAUGAGUUUGUUGUCACGUGGAACACACUGGAUGGAGGUAAUGGCCUACAUAUACUCAAUGCGGAUAAUGGAGAAACGCUGCAUGUCUUCCUUAGAGACCAGAAAGCUAUUAUUGACUGCAAGUUUUUAGGUGAUGAAUCUCUGAUUUUCUGCAGCAAGGAAAACUUUCUUCGUUUGUAUAGUGUUCGAACCGGGGAUAUGCUUAGUGUGCUAGACAUUGGAGAGCGACCAUUUUGUUUGGGAGCCUGUCUGUACCAGCCUCUUGUCGCAGUUGGUUUGUCCGGCACAAGAACAAAAUUCGUCCAUGUACAGCUGUCAACAGAAUCUAAAAAAAGGUGAGUUUUCCCUUAAAAUGUCAAAAAGGACGUUUGUGCAUUUUGCAUAAGCUAGCCGUUCUCACACCACAACAUCAUGGGUGACAAACAAUUCAGUGGAACCUUGAUUUAGCGAACCUCUAUAUAGUGAAGUCCUCAGUGUAACGAACGAUUUUCUUCAGCCCGGCCAAAAUUACAGUAACAUGUAUGGAACAGAACCUUGAUUUAACGAAAUCCUCGCUUUUUUGCGAACACAAUCCACAAGCGCAAACGUAAAGUAUAACUCGAUAUAACGAAUAAAUGUCAACCUGUGAUAAAAGAUGAAUGCCAAACAGACCAGCAAGGAUAAAAUUUACGUGUACAGUAGUUUUAAGCAGUUUUGUUUGCCUGUUCUUGAGUUUUUAGAGCAGUAGCUCGGCUGAGAUAUUUUUACAGUAAUUUUUCAGAUCCGGAAAAUUAAUGCUGGAUUCUGUAAAUUAAUCAUUAACUAUACCUCGAUAUAACGAACAUUUUGGUAGUUUUCCCGAAAAUUCGUUAAAUGGGGGUGUUCGAUAUAAAGAACCCUCGAUAUAACGAACAAAUUUCCCCAGUCCCUUAGCACUUCGUUAAAUCGAGGUUCCACUGUAUUUUAUUCUUCCUCAGUUUGCACGUAACGUAAAAAAACACCCAAUUACCUGUAAAGGAGUUAGACCAGGGAACAUACGAGUUGCCUGCUGAGAGUUGAGCAUGAUCAACUCAAUUCAACUUGUCUUUUUUUUUUUUGCCAUGAAUUCAGACAUGCGGGGCCGUAGCUACCUGUACGCCAGUAAAAAAAAACAGGUACUGUAAAAAAUGUCGAAGUUUGAUAAAAAACAAACCAAAAUUUAAAAAAACUGCAAUUGUCUAUAUUACUCUAUUUAGACCUAACCCCGAUUUUUCGACGCGCAAACCGACACGAAGGCCGUUACCGUUGCCUGCAGAACACGGUCCAAAGCCACGAGAGAUGUUUACCUAACAAGAUUGAUAACAAGACUGGAAACCAUUCCGGUCAUGAGUCAUUCCCGCUAAGAUAAGCGAAGCUUACCUGCGGGCUCACGUUAGUUUGUAUCAAUGUUUGCAUGAUCAUAUUGAUUAUUAAAUUGUUAUCAGUGUAGCUCUUAAAGAACUGGUACUUUUUUCCCUAAAUUUCUUAGCAACUCGAAGAUUGUUUUGACAAAAUUAACAUGUGAUACGGCAUCAAAUUUCGUGACUAUAAUUUUCUUGCAUUUCAAUUUCUGUAAGUAGUGAAUUUCAAUCUUCGAAAACUGCGAAAAUUAGAAUAAGGUUACUUGAUAAGCUUCCAGGUUACUUUAAUUAAAACUAGACUUAAUUUCUUUUUUUUAUUGCAGUCUCAAUUACCAAACACAAGUGAAUUGAGCAACAUCUGAUGAGCUGACACUCGAUGAAAACAGGUGGAUUUGGCAAAUCAGCGUGCACGAACUCUACUUUACUGACUUCAGUUUUUUAAUGAACUUUGAAACUUUGUAUGUUAACACAGUGGGGGAACAAUAGAGACUGGGAAAUUGGGGUCCGGAUCUCCGUUAAUGCACCCAUUAGACCGGAUGAUUUUAAACAAUUAUUGGAUGAGGUUUUUGGGAUAUUCGGAAUAAUCAAGGCUGUGGCUGAUAACCCGAGACCUUGAUUAUUUAGGAUAUGACAAAAACCUAAUGUAAUAUUAAUACUUGUUUCAAUAUUAUACAUUGUUUUGAAGAAAAUAACGACAAACACACCGUCGCAAGGAACCUAUUGCGGGCGCAACCUAGCUACAGUACAGAAUAGUCCGCGAAUCUGCUAGCAGAUAACUAACUCAUCUGUAGGUUGCGCUGAUUUCUAAAAUUAACUCGGUAGGCUCUUAGCCAGUGAGAAGACAGAUAAUGAGUACAAUGUAUAAUAAUUAAAGUAAUUAACCGACUGCUUUAAAAUUCAGUGUUAUUCAGGCUGAAGACUCGCAUAUAACGGUCAUCUCGUAGCUUACAAAUGAAACUUGCCUUGCACUUCAAACGGUAGUAUUGAAAUUGACGAAAUCUGGACCACAUUUAUCACCGAUCACGAUACAAGCGUUGAAGGUUGGUCAAACGUCCCUUUUGUAAGCUUCAAUCCACGUCCAUCCUUGUCAUCCGUUGCAACAUCCAAACGACAGUAAUCAGUUUCAAUGCCUAAAUAUUAGCCUGCGAGCUAUUAGGGCGAGCGAAGCGAGUCUCGCGAGAACUCGCGAGCGAGCGGCGAAGCCGCGAGGGGCAGAGGAAAGGAGAGC